GAUGCAGAGAUGAUCAGAACUUUGUGACAAAGGCUGUUGGAGAAGAUGUAACUUUGACAUGUACCCGUCCGAACUCAACCCUGUACAAAGCAACCUUAUUUUGGUUCAGACUUGUUUCUGGAAACUUUCCUGAAUUCUUGGGAGGAACAUUUUCCUUUGACUAUGAUGGUGUUAAUGAGACUCCGCACAUUACAGUAAAACAAGAGCCUGGAACCUUUCUUCUCCAUAUUAGUAAAACAAGCCUAAGCGAUACUAGAGUUUACUACUGUAUAAAAGUAAACCGACUUGACAUGACAUUUGUGAAAGCAACCUUUCUAAGAAUUAAAGGACCAGAACCUGAUAUCACUGCCAUCAUUCAAGUCCCUCCAUCUGAUCCAGUCCAUCCAGGAGACUCAGAGACUCUGCAGUGUUCAGUCCUCUCUCACUCUGAGAAGAAAACAUGUCAAGAACACAGUGUGUACUGGUUCAGAGUCGGAUCAGAGUCUCAUCCCAGUAUCAUUUACACUCAUAGAAACAGUGGUGAUGAAUGUGAGAAGAGUCCUGAGGCUCGAUCUCCUCAGAAAUGUGUCUACAACUUCUCUAAGAACAUCAGCUCCUCUGAUACUGGGACAUAUUACUGUGCUGUGGCCACAUGUGGAGAGAUAUUAUUUGGAAAUGGAACAAAACUGGACACUGAAGCACUCAGCAUGUGGGAUUUGCAGAAGGCCAAAACAGUUCUGUUUCUGUUGUGUGCUGCUUUGGCUAUAAGUCUGAUUGUUAUUGUCUUUCUGAUUUAUAUCAUCAAGAAAACACCUUCUGGUUGUUGCAACGCUGCCAGUGCUCUGCGAACAAAUGCUGCAAGAGCCAGUGGAGAUCAGCAAAGUCUACAGAGAACCAUGGCCUCAGAUGCUGACCGUCAUCCCAACCGCUUCACUCGGCUGCAAGCCGCCCCAGUACGUUUUGAUUAA